AUGGCAGAGAGAGACGGGAUACAGUGGUCAGCACAGCGAUUAAGUCCCAAGAAGUGCAAAAGAGAAAAGAAAUCUUUGUUUGUGAAUCUAAAAUACAGGUGUGGGAGCCUUUCUCAAAGGGAUGGAAGCUGCCAGUGGAGAAGAAAGAUGGCUGCUCCUCAAGGAGAAAAACCUCAAGUUUUACCUGACUUACACCUGAAUGAUUUGGCAUGUGAAGCUGUAGGAGGAAAGGUUUUAUUUGCAACGGAUGACUUUUUUGCUCCUGCGGAGAAUUUCUUGAAGAAAAAGAGUCCAGUUUUUAAACCAGAUGGAUUGACUGAUUAUGGCAAGUGGAUGGAUGGAUGGGAGACAAGGAGGAAAAGGGCUCCAGGACAUGAUUGGUGUAUUAUCCAAUUGGGAGUACCAGGUAUUGUCCAUGGAUUUGAGGUAAACACAUCUUUCUUUGCUGGAAACUGUGCUCCUCAUAUAUCAAUUCAAGCAGCAUGUCUGACACAAGUGGAUUUACCAGAGUUUUGGCCAAGAGGGGACAGGAUAGGAACUGCAGCUUCAGAUAAAGAGUUAAAAGCUGUCAAGAAGAUGAAGUCAGAUGAAUGGACUCUUCUGGUUCCUAUGGAAGAGUUGAAACCAAGAUACCUUGAUACUAGCCGUAAUUAUUUUUCUGCCAGUUGUAAGAGAAAAUGGACUCGCAUAAGGCUCAAUAUCUAUCCAGAUGGUGGGAUUGCACGUUUCAAAGUGUAUGGUGUUGUGCAGAAAGACUGGUCAGCUUCUGGCCCAAAUGACUUGGUGGCAAUGGAGAAUGGGGGUAUUUGUGUUGGAUUUAGCAGUGCUCAAUUAGGCCACCCAAGAAAUAUUCUAGGGAUAGGAAGAGCAACAUCCAUGGAAGAUGGUUGGGAAACAGCAAGAAGACUGGACAGGCCACCAGUUUUAAAAGCUGAUGACAAAGGUAUCCUCCUUAUGCCAGGGAAUGAAUGGGCAGUUUUCUGGCUGGCACAUCCUUGUGUAAUAACUCACAUUGAAACAGACACUUAUCACUUUAAGGGUAACUUUCCAGUUACCUGCAAACUCGAGGCCUGUAUUCUGAACACACAAGAAGAAAAAGAUUGCAUAACCCAGAAAUGGAACCUUAAACAGGAUCCAAAAUGGAACCCUUUGCUUUCUGUUACAAAGCUUAAACCUAACAAGAGCCAUUUCUUCAAUGGUACUGCUCUGGAAAUGCAGGAUGUAAUCACUCAUGUGAGACUCCUUAUUGUUCCUGAUGGAGGUGUAAGUAGGCUGCGUCUCUGGGGUUUCCUACGGGCUCUAUUUUAUACAAGCAAAUGAACAAAGAGGAUUUUCUAAAAAAGGCUUUAAGGGUUAUAGAAUGGAUGUUCACUUUUUUCCGUAUUAUAUAAACUUGAAUAUAUUUGUUGAAUGGUAUACAUUCAUUCAACCAAGCAUGACUUUUUCCCAUCAAUAAUUCAAACAUAACAAUUCUGUAUGUCUCAUGGCUGUACAAUAAUACAAUGACUUCUCUACUUCUAGGAAUAUAAGGAAAGUAAUAUAUUUUUGCUGAAAUGUAUUUUUGGGGGAGAAUCAAUCAAUGAUUACACAGUGCACUCCUGGGUGAUCAUAGCUCCUCUUUGUGAGAAUCAAAAUUGAAGGCCAAAUUAUUUUAACCACUUUGUAAAGUCCACUAAUUACCCUAAAAUGCACUGCAUGUAGUGUCUUAGUGGUGAAAAGAAAUGGCAUUUUUAAAUAAAAAUAAAUUAGAAACAGGCUAUGCUUUAUUGUUAUGUCUGUCUUCCUUAUAAGCCAAUCAAAAAAAUCUACUUAUGUUCUACAGCUUUCUCUCAUGUUUACAGUUCCCAUAUAUAGCUAUUUCAUAAUUAUUCAUUAUAUUAUGUAUUCAUAAGCAUCUCUACAGCCUAUCCUUCUGAUAGUAGAAAGUGCUCUCAUGGAUUAUUUUGCCAAGAUUCCAAAUCCUAAGAAGAAAGACAGGUUGUAUCUCUCUGUCAACCUCAAGUGUGUCAAUAUAUUGGUGGAAUUUGGAAACGUAUUUCUUUAUGAAAACACACAGAAUGAUUUUAACCCUCCUUUGCUUUGCACUUUUUUGCUGUAAUCUAACACCCAAUUAUUGUCUGUUUCUCUACUAGCCUAUUCUUGAAAGUUAUGCUUAAAGAGUGCUGAAAGUUAUGCUUCUAAACCCAUAUUUAGCAAUCUAAAUCAGUGACCUGAUUUUCAAAAAUACUGAGCAUCCCGGAGUUCUCUUUGACAUUAGUGGGAGCUAUUGGGUGCUCAGCACUUUAAAAAAAAAAAAAAAAUCAGGUCAGUGCCUAAAUAUGGCUUCAGAAGCAUAACUCUAAGCACCUAGUUUUGUGACCCUGAGCCUAGAUUAUGCUGAAUGAGGAGAGGAAAAAAGUGCUUAGCAUGGGGCUGACUCCACAUGGCCUGGUGAGGCUUUUUGUGUGAUGGCACAUGAUCAUGAUAUACUGCAGAUAGGAAAAGGUGGCUCCACCUACUGCUUUCCUUUCCUUACUCUGGGCACACACCUGCCUUGUUCCCUAUGCACCUCUCAUUUGCACGAUGCCUUCUGGCAGGAAGUGGUGUGAUGGAGAUGGAGAGUAGCUGGGGCCAUGGGCAGGCAUCUUUAUGGGGGGUGAGUGUGGGUGGGUUUUUAAAAUUUUUGUACUCAAGCUUAUAUUGUAGUAAUUAAAAUGCCCCAUGAUAGAUAGAUAGAUAGAUAGAUAGAUAGAUAUAUAUGAAGGCACAUAUGGCAAACAAUUUUCUGGAAUUUUGCAUAAUAAUUAAAUGUAAAAUAGCAUUGUCUGUAACAAUUAUGGAGGCACUGGCAGUGAUUCUGUAGUUAAAGCUGAAUUGCCCAUGAAAUGGAGACUGCUUUUUCUUUAUAUGUAAGUAGUCUGUCACUGUGAAAUUUGACAUAAUGUAUAUUUUAUAUAGGGUCAAAACUGGGUAUUACAGAAUUGUAUCUGACUUUACUUGUUUCAUGCACUGUAUUUGAGAGCAUUCAAAAUAUGUUGUGGCAUAACAUAUAUUGUUUGUAAUCUAUGCUUUUGAUUUACACCUAAUUAAUAUUCCUGACAUCAUUAGUAUUAUGUUGUUUAUCACUCUUAUGAAGUGUUAGUGAAAAGUGCUUAUUCUGUAAUACUACAAUCUAUCUAAGGUAUUUUGUGAUCCGUAUCUUUAAUGUGUUUCUCCUCAUAACACCCUGCUGGGUAGGAAAAUGCAGUUAUCCCCAUUUUGCAGCUGGAGAAUGGAGGCACAGAGAGAUUAAAUACCUUGCUAAACGUCACACAAGAAACCUGUUGUAGAACAGGGGAUUGGACCCACAAGUGCCAGGCCAGCAUCCUCCCCCCUGGACCAUCCUUCCUCUCAUGAGUCAUCCAAUAUCUGUCAUGUCUUGUUCUAAGAAUGAAGCUUUUCUCCACUUUGUUUAUUAACCUUUAUAGCUUGCUUUGUA